UUUGCUACUUUGCAUUAUUAUUCUUACUUCUUUCUCCUCAUCUCUCCGCCCUAUAUCUGAACUAUAUCUAUCUCUCUAUCUAUCUUCCCUUUCUUUCCUUCUUUCUUAUCUAUCUCAGGUUUCUCUUCUCUCUGAAUCCAACCUGAAAAAUUCAGCUGCUUCUUGCUUUGCUUUCAGGUUUUGCAUAAAAAAGUUCCUGAAAAAGCAAACACCCUUUGCUAACCGAUCUUGUCCUCUCUGUCUUCCUUGCCAUAAGUUGCUGAAUUCACAGUAUUGAAAUUCUCCUUUCUUUAUUAGAAUCUGGAUUCAGUCGGGAGAGGUUCUGUUUUUCAAAAGAAAUUGUAGCUUCUACAGAUUCUUACUAAUUGGAGCUUCCUUAGUACAGAUUAAGGAGCCAAGAAAAAAGCCAGUUUAAGAUGGGUUAUAUGUGUGAUUUUUGUGGGGACCAGAGGUCCAUGGUGUACUGCCGCUCUGACGCUGCGUGCUUAUGCUUGUCAUGCGAUCGAAAUGUUCAUUCCGCGAACGCCCUUUCAAGGCGGCAUUCAAGGACCCUUUUAUGUGAGAGAUGCAAUUCACAACCUGCCUUUGUAAGGUGCACUGAAGAGAAAGUUUCACUUUGUCAGAAUUGUGACUGGGUGGGUCACGGUGCCUCUACAUCUUCAACACAUAAGAGGCAACCAAUCAAUUGCUACUCUGGAUGCCCCGCAGCAUCUGAGCUAUCUUCUAUAUGGUCAUUUGUGGAUGAUAUCCCUUCUAUGAGCGACUCUACAUGUGAGCAAGAACUUGGUUUGAUGAGUAUUAAUGAGAACCGUGGCGAGAAUGGUUGGGUUCCUCCAGAAAACCAGAAUGUGUCUGGUUCAGAUCAAGGUACUGAUUUACCUGGUUCGGAUAAGCGCUGGAUUGGUACAUCUUCAAAGCCUGAGUUAAGCUCUGAACCUCGUGUUCAGGACCAGCCAGCUGGACCUUCAAAUGAAUAUCUGCCAAAGUUAUACUGUCAUGCUACAAAAUGCGCUUCAAUACGUGAAGAUGAUGAUCUGUAUGGUGAUUUCAACAUGGAUGAAGUCGAUCUAAAUUUUGAGAACUACGAAGAACUUUUUGGUAUGGCCCUCACUCAUUCUGAAUCGCUUUUCGAAAAUGGUGGAUUUGAUAGCUUGUUUGGGGAAAAGGAUGUGUCUCCUGGAGAUUCUAAUUGUCAGGAUGGUAUUGCUGCAGAGGGGUCAUACAAUGGACAGGUCAAUGCAGUGCAACCAGCAUGCAGCAAUACAGCAUCUGCAGAUUCCGCAUGGAGCGCUAAGACCGAGCCAAUUCUGUGUUUUACGCCGAGGCAUGGCCAAUCAAACCUUUCAUUUUCUGGCAUUAAUGAAGAGAUCAGCGGCGGCGACCAUCAAGAUUGUGGGGCUUCUUCAAUGCUUCCCAUGGGAGAACCUCCGUGGUUUACACCUUGUUCUGAGAGUAACCAACAUUCGGCCAACCGCAGUAAUGCUGUCAUGCGUUAUAAGGAGAAAAAGAAGACACGCAAGUUCGACAAAAGAGUGAGGUAUGCCUCUCGCAAGGCUAGGGCUGAUGUUCGAAGGCGCGAGAAGGGCCGGUUUGUGAAAGCCGGGGAAACCUAUGAUUAUGACCCUUUGAGCCCAACCAGAAGCUACUGAAAGGGCACUAGAUUUUGCAACAAGGAGGAGAAAAAAGGAUUUUCAACAAGGCUGUGUUCAACAGUGUAAGCUCAGGAGCUGACAUGGCAUGAUCACAAAGUGUCCUCUUCAGGCAAUGCCUCUGUUAUAGUCCGUUUGGUUUAAAGUUAGAAAGUAUGAAAACGGAAAAAUAACACAUCCCGAUGCACGUUUUGUGGACGUAACAACUUGCCAUUUCAACGAAAAGUGCCUUGGGAUUUAUUAUUUUCCCGUUUUAAUACUUUCUAACUUCAAACCAAACCAGCUUGACUUGGCAACUUCUGCUUCUUAAUUCUUCUGUAAGAAUUCAAAAGUCAUCAAUGUCUUUGGCCUUAACCAUGAUCUAUAUUGUUUGCCAUGUGGUUAUGUAAACUUCCCUCUAUGUUUGCCAUGUGGUUUAUGUAAACUCACUGCGGUAUAGUCACAUGUUACAUGAGAAAGUGGCUUAAUUUGACCGUUCCAGAUAAACUACACGGUUGUAAAUGGUAAUGUUUUGAUUGUAUAGCACACAAUCAACGUGUAUCAGUUAGAUGUAUAAAUUUCCCCACGAUUUUGAUGUCAAGACAAAUUGUAAAUUCAAUGGUGUAUGUAUAGAAUGGGAUACUGUGUGUGCUGAA